CGCAAAAGACCACCGCAUCCGUACACCCACACCGCCAUGGCCGCCUUUCCGAGCUCGAUAUUCCGCUUCGUCGUCCCCGGCGCCAUCGCGUUUUCUGUUGCGCAGUCGUCCCUGUACGAUGUCAAGGGCGGCACACGCGCCGUCAUCUUCGACCGUCUGUCGGGAGUGAAGGAGCAGGUCGUGAACGAGGGCACGCAUUUCCUGGUUCCGUGGCUGCAGCGCGCUAUUGUAUUCGACGUCCGCACACGGCCGAGGAACAUCAGCACCACCACUGGAUCCAAGGAUAUGCAGAUGGUGACGCUCACGCUGAGGGUGCUGCAUCGCCCCGAGGUCAAGCAGCUGCCUAAGAUCUACCAAAACCUGGGUCUCGACUACGACGAGCGUGUUCUGCCGUCAAUCGGUAACGAAGUUCUCAAGGCCAUUGUCGCACAGUUCGACGCCGCCGAGCUCAUCACCCAGCGUGAGGCUGUCUCGAACAAGAUCCGUGCCGACCUCCUCAAGCGCGCUGGCGAAUUCAACAUUGCUCUCGAGGACGUUUCCAUCACACACAUGACCUUCGGCAAGGAGUUUACCAAGGCCGUCGAGGAGAAGCAGAUCGCCCAGCAAGAGGCCGAGCGUGCGCGAUUCGUCGUCGAGAAGGCCGAGCAGGAGAGGCAAGCCAACGUCAUUCGCGCUGAGGGUGAGGCCGAGGCCGCCGACACAAUUUCAAAGGCCGUGGCAAAGAGUGGCGAUGGUCUCAUCAUGAUCCGAAGAAUCGAAACACAGAAGGAUAUUGCGCAGAUGCUGGCCAGGAAUCCCAACGUCUCGUACCUGCCUGGUGGCUCGGGUUCGGAUGGCGGCAAGACAGGCGGCAGCUUCUUGCUUGGCCUGAGGAAUUAGAGCAGUGAGUCUGCUCCGGAUGUGGACGAUGGAUAUCGGCAUGAUGCAUGAUCAGUGGCUCUGAGCUUGGAGGCGCUGAUGCUGUACUAUAUUGACUGUGGACAUACCAACAGUACGACUUCUCUGUAGCGCAAAAAAAUAGUCUCCUCUUUCGCCCAAAUAUUGUCAGUGUGUCAGUCCCAAAUGCACUGAGACCAGUAGAGAGAUUGUAUUGUAAAUUGCUAAUGGCCU